AUGCAAUUAUAUUUAUUGCUGAUUAUUGUCUUUUUUGUUAAAGAAGACACUGCUUACAGUAAGUUAAUUUUUACUUUUAGAAUCUUGUUUUUCAGGGAUUAAACGGUCCGGUGCCGGAUCGGGCUAUUCUGCAGAAUACUCUGGAAUAGAAGGUAGUGCAGCCAUUCCAGUGAACUCAAUUGAGGAGUAUACAAACUCUGGAGAAGAGGCUGUGAUAAACGCGGUAGCUCCUUCUCAGAGCCCUUCAAAUGUAAUCUUUUCAAUGAUAAACAAUCAGCAAGCGGCAGCCGAUAUCUUUGGACAGCAAGCCGCUGCAGCGUUUCAACAGUUCGAUGAGAAUAGUGGAGCACAACCAGCCGUGGUUCAGCCUGCCGGAAAUGGGUUGGGAUCUGGCUCAGGACAAGUGCCAAUUACUGGGAGCACUUCAGCCAGUACCGCAUUCAAUCCAUUCGGUGCUCCAAUUACAACUACUGCCUCAAAUCCAUUUGGUUUUCCAAUUACAACCACUAUUUCGAAUCCAUUUUUUGUCCCAACUACAACCACAGCGAAUAAUGGGGCUUUUGUUCCAACGACCACUACGGUAUACAACGGGGUCUUUGCUCCCACAACAACUACUGCAAAUUACGGCUUUUUUGCUCCUACUACGACGACGGCAGGUCCUGCCUUCUUCCCAACAACCAUCACAGCAAACCUUGGAUAA